UAAGAAAAUCGAAAAACCCCCCCUCUCUCUCUCUUUCUCUCUCUCUCCUAGCACGUUAUAAAACCUCACGUUUCAGCCCCCCCUCCCGCUUUCUUUCCCACUUCGUGCUCUCUCUCUCUCUCUCUCUCUCUUCUCUCUCUGUGUGAUGGCCUCCAACGGCAACAGCAGCAGCAACAUGCACUCACCAACCUACGCAUCCGACCCGACCUCACCCAACACCACCUUCGUCCAAGCCGACCCGUCAACCUUCCGGGCCGUGGUCCAGAGACUAACCGGCGCCCCUGACGACCCAUCAGCCCAAAAGCUCCCUCUCACCGGCAAACCCAAACCCAGCACCACCACCGCCGCCGCCGAAAUGGGCCCGAGAAAACCCGGCUUCAAGCUCCACGAGCGCAGGCACGCCAGCAAAAAGCUGGAGCUCAACAUCGACCACUCCACCAUCUUCAACAAACACUGCAUGCCCAGGCUCAACUUCAACAACUUGGUCCCUUCCGGCCCACCGUCGGCUUCCUCUGGGCCUCCCCUAAGGCCCAUGAUCUUCUCCCCCGUGUCGCCGCUGGAGUUCUACGCGCGUGGCAGCCCGAGGACGCCGCGUGAGGUGGAGGAGGAGGAAGAGAGGGCCAUUGCUGAGAAGGGCUUCUACUUGCACCCGAGCCCCCUCAGUACCCCAAGAGGGGCCGACCCUCCUGAGCUUUUGCCUUUGUUCCCUCUCCAAUCCCCUAGAGAUCAUCAAUCCUAAUUCUUCUUCUUCUUCUUGAUUUUGUAACAAUACGUAAUUAUUAUUUUUUAUGGAUUUAAUUUCCCAAUUUUUAUCAAUAAUGUUGCUUUAAUUAAA